UUUCACUUUAUCUAUACGUCUAAUGUGAAUGAUAUCCAAACAAAAAAUGACAGGACUUUAUUAAAGAAAUCCAAUUUAUGAUGAAAUUUGUUUCAACAUUAAAAACUUUACAGCAGUAAAAAACUUGAUUAAAAAUGGAAGCUGUUCCUAAAUUACCGUUAAUAAGCUUUGAGUUAAAAGUGAGUCAAGAAAAUACGCAUUUUGGACCAAAACUAAAACAAUAUAUAGCGGAGGCAUACAGGGAGGAUCCAGAUAGCUACGGAAAUGAGAUACACCAAUUGGAAGGACUGCGGUCGACGGCUGUUAGACCAACUCUCGACUCUGCAGGGCUUAGUGCCCUUAUUCGAUACUUUUGCCAGCUAAGAGCAAUCCAAAGCCGUUUCCCAAUGGCUAAAGGUCAACCCGUUGCCUGCACAUUUGCAUGGAAAGACCUGUAUGCUAACAUGAGCUGUUCUCUAGCAGACAUAAAAUUUGAAAUGGCUUGCAUAUUGUAUAACAUUGGAGCUUUACAUACCCAACUUGGUUCAUCUGAGCCAAGAACAUCAGCUGAUAGCCUCAAAUCUGCAUGCCAGCACUAUCAACAUGCUGCUUGGGCAUUUCAAUUACUGAGAGAACAGUAUUCACAACCACCUGGUGCUGAUAUUUCCUCUGAUAUCCUAAAAUUGUUACAAGAAAUUUGCUUUGCUCAGGCUCAAGAGUGUAUCCUCGAUAAAAGCAUACAAGACACAAGGAAGCCUAGUGUUAUAGGUGCGGUAGCUACACAAGUAAUGUAUUUUUACAAGAAUUCAUUAUCCCUGUUGGGUCCUUCAGCUGGUACGGAUAAUAUACAUGAGAUAAUUGGGACAAAACUUUACAUUUAUUGGCAUCGUUAUUUAAGUUUUAAAUUAUAUUACAUCGGAUGUGUUGUUACAUUAUAUCAAGGUAUGCAUGCUGAAGAACAGCAGAAAAUGGGAGAACGUGUUGCCUUUUAUCAGCUUGCUGUUGAUAGACUCAGUGAGGCAAGAAAGCUAGCAAAAUACAUUGAACCUGUACAAGUAACUCAGGAGGCACUGACAUUUACGAAUGACGUUGUUGAGGGAAAACGAAAAGCAGCUAAGAAUGAGAAUGAGUUUAUUUAUCAUGAGGAAGUGCCAGAAAAGGAUAUGUUGUCAGAUCUCAAGCCAGUAUGCCUAGUGAGCGCUGUUGCUAUAAACUUCAAUGAUCCUGAGGUAUCAGGGCCAGAUAUUUUUUCCCGAUUAGUACCAAUGGUGGCUCAUGAAGCAUCUUCAAUGUACUCAGAGGAGAAAGCGAAGCUGUUACGACAUGUGGUUACACAAGUUGACGCUAAAAACACUGAACUGAUGGAGUUUAUGUCUUCUCUUCAGCUUGAUCAACUCGAUGUUAUGGAUUCUGAUCAAAAGAUUCCUCAAGAAAUUGUCGAUAGGUGCGCUGCAAUGAAUGCCAAGACUGAUAUUAUCCAGACUCUCGUAGACUCCAUGAACAGUCUCGCCGAGAUCAUCAGUGAUGUGGAGCAUUCCCUUAAUGAGAUAAAAUCACUCAUUCAGGAAGAAACGAUGAAAGAAAAAGAAUAUCAAAAACAAAUGGGUCCUCGACCCCCUUCGAUCGUGCAGACCGAGAUAUCUCGCGAGUACCAUAAGUACCAGGAGGCGCACUCGCGCACCAACGAGAGCAACCAGGUCCUGCACAAGGCGAUGACGCUUCACAUCGCCAACCUGAAGCUGCUGUCCCAGCCGCUCGACGUGCUGCAGAACAAGAUACCCAGCAUCGAGAACAUCGAGGGGCUGGACCGCGACGCGAUGGCGGAGAUGCGGCGCGUGGUGGGCAAGGCGCGCGAGAUGCAGCGCCAGCGGGACGCGCUCGUGGAGCAGCUGCGCGCGGCCGUGGCGGCCGAUGACGUCACGGCGCGGCUGCUGGCGCGCGGCUCCGACCCGCUCGACGAGAUCUUCCGCCACGAGAUCGACAAGCACACGCCGCAGGUUAAAAUAAUAGAGCAGAACUUAGCGGCCCAAGAAAACAUAAUCAACAAGCUCACCUCGCUGUACGCCUCAUACGGGGACUCGAGACGGCUGCUCUCGGACGUGCUCAGGAAGAGGGAAGGACUCAUAAACGCACUGGUGACGUCAUACGACACGCACGCCGAGCUGCUGGGCAAGUCGCAGAAGGGGCUGGAGUUCUACCGCAAGCUGUCGCACAACGUGGGCGGGCUGCUGGCGCGCCUGCGCAGCGUGUGCCAGGUGCAGCGCGAGGAGCGCGCGCAGAUCCUCGCCGCGCAGAAGGCUCCAACGCCUGUAUCAUCGGCUGCCGCUAAACCCGUCGAUGCUGCGAAAAUUCUUAAUACCGUUCCUCCGCCGAGCAGCGGAGGGACUUUGAAGCUGAAAGACUACCUUCCGUACAUGAAGAACAGGUCUCUCGCUCGACCGCCAGCGGCGCCCCAACCUCAAACUGAAUCGAUACCUAGUGAGUCAUAUUAUCCAGAGACGAUUUAUCCGACAUCGGUUCGGCCGACGCCUGUGGGAUCAGAAGCAACAGAUAUAACACAACCGAACCUACCCGAUGGCGUAGUUAUGCCACAAGGGAUGCAAAACGUUCUGAACCCUUAUGCACGACAGUACCAACCUUACAUGCCUGCUGAAAAUGAUCCUUAUUCAGCUAAUUACGCUUACCAGAUGGCGAAAUUUAGCAAGCCAGACGAGAAUUACAGCUAUUCUCCGUAUACUCCACCUCAAUAUUCAACACAGAUGCCCGAUCCUCAAACAUAUACAAACCCAUGCUACUCCGCGACACAUAACAACGGCACAGCUGUCACUGACUCGCAAAAUUCAGCUGCGUAUAACAAUAUGAAUCAAGUUAACGUAAAUCAAAAUACAAACCAAUACAAUGUGUACAACGAUCCCUACAUGACCAACCAAAUGGGAUCUACAUUUGAUCCCAACGCAGCUCAGUAUAACCAAGUCAAUCAAGAUUUCAACGCGAGUUUUGCUGCAAUGCAGGUCUCUGCUCCGAAAGCGGAACCUACCAGUAAUUACGGUGGCGAAUAUUCGCAAACGCACUACAGCGUUCAAUAUCCACAAUCGUUGACGCCAAAUAUGGCUACGUACAGUAACGCUGGACAUAAUUCCAAUACUAAUAUGGUAGAUUCACCAUUGCCGACCGGAAACAGUAUGAACUACCCAUAUACUGAACAAAUGCCACAAUAUGGCCAAACUAUGCCUAAUACUAACAUGAAUUUGGCAAAUCAGCAACCUAACGUACCAUAUUCUGUUCCCAAUAGUUCAAAUCAAAUGCAAAACAUUACGAACCCAAACAUACAAUACUCUAUACCAAACGUGUCUAAUACAGUGACAAACAUGUCUAAUGCUAUGCCAAACAUGUCUAAUACUAUGCCUAACAUGUCUAAUACUAUGCCAAAUACAUCUAAUGCUAUGCCAAAUGUAUCAAAUACUGUUCCAAACGCACCAGCUGGUACAAUGAAUUACGCCAAUCCAAUGCAGAAUAUUCAGCAUUCUAUGCCAAACACUUUGAAUCCGGUAUCCAUGGCGAAUUCUAUGGGUCCUAUGCCGGUUGCCUCUGGAUAUUCCGAUCAACAGUAUGCGUACUCAUCUACAAACGCUAAUAUGUCUCAGGGUUACGUAUAUACUAAUGCGGAGAAACCUGUAACGGCUGUGACUAAUAUGAAUGUACCAAAUUUCGGAGCAGGACAAACAUACGGUGUUCCAAACGAACCGACGAGCUAUGCCGAUACAAACUUUUCUCAAAUGGAUGCACUAGAUAAACCGAUAAAAUCACACGUAACUGGAGAAGCUUUAUCGUCAAAUAUACCUAAAUAUCAAAAUUAUAAUAUGCCAAUGAAUUAUGUCGCUGAUCCAAACUACCAGCCAACUAGUACACAAUACAGUGAACAAAGUAACAUAAGUUAUGGACAGUAUCAAAACCACCCUGGUUACACUUUUAACGCUACGUCGGGUGGUUACGAUUACAAUUAUGGGUCACAAAACACGUAUACAAAUUAUGGAGAAUCUAAUGUAAACCCUCAGACAGCGGAAAAAGAUGUAAAUUGGGCUAAUCCAGGAAUGUACACGAAUGCUGGAGCUUGCAAUACUGUACAGUCCCCGUCUGAGACUCCUCAAAUGCCUUCAGCCGAUGGAAAUAAUCCGCAAACGUACUUCAAUUUACCUUACGGCUACCUGACCGCUACAAAUCAAGCAAACGAAUUCGUUAACUCAACUCAAACGAUUGAAGUGACCACAAACUACUGUGCCAAUAUGAAUAAUUCGACCUACAUGCAAUCCGGACAAGCUCAGGAUACGAGUGUUACAUUUACUAACAAUCAAGUUUCAACAACAAAAGAAAAUGUCAUCGAACAAUCUGAUCUGAAUGAGGUAUCCAAUCAAAAUUAUCAGCCAAUUGAGUCUACCGCUCAAAGCAAAACAGUUGCAUCAACAAACCAAACUCCACCCGUAGAAAGUGCUCCAAAUAAAAUCCCAGAAACAAAUCCAGUUUCCGAGGAUCGCGAGGCAGAGGACCGAAAGCCCGAAUUGACAACAUUCGAUCUGUUAUCCGAAAUAGAUUUUACCGUUGAACAAAAACCGCUUAUGCCUGAAAUUAAGGUGCCCCAGAUAUCUGAAAGAGCCAUAUUUAAACCAAACGUUACGACUAAAGUUGAGCCUGCUGUGAAACAAAUGCCCAAAGAAGAAGAGAUAGAGAGGCCGGAGAAAAGGGAUAUAUUUUCAGAUCCGAGUUUGCUAAAUCAAUUCACGCAGGAGGUGAAGAAUUUACAAAAGCUUACCGAUUCGUUGACCAAUAAAACCGCUGCUGGGAUAACCGUUUUAGAUUCGAAAUGGAAAUCCUUUCAAGAAGUGCAGGCAAAAGAAAAUAUGAAUAGAUCAAAAUCAAUAGCGAUGCAGCACACCAGAGGAAACAUAGUCACUGAAGUUGUACCUUAUGACGACUCUAGAUUAACUUUGAAGUCUGAUCCGGAUGCUUACAUCAACGCUUCGUAUUACAAGCAACUUGCUUCAUGGUGCAUUCCAUUGGUGAUAGCAAAGUGCCCCGAGGAGUACGAGUACAAGGUCUUCUGGAAAGCCAUGCUCGAAAAUAAGAUAGCCUGCAUCGUCUGCUUGCUCAGUGAAAUCGAGAUGCAAGGCAACGCUUAUUGGCCCACGGCAAAGGGUCAAUCCAUAGACCUCUCGGACGGUCUUCGCGUCACCUUAGAAGAGGUUACCUGCACCGUACACUGGACUGAGAGGCAAUUGACUAUAGUUCAAGGAAAGAACGUAGCGAAGGUCACGCAUUACCAGAUCAACGUUUUUCCGGCGAAGAUCGCGUGCUCCCCGCUGGUGCUGCUGGCGGACCGCGUGCUGGGCGCGGCGGGCGCGGGGCGCGCCGCGCUGCAGUGCGCGCGGGGGGCGGGGCGCAGCGCGCUGCUGGCGCUGCUCGUGCUGGCGCUGUGCCAGCUGCGCGCCGGGCAGCUGCGCCUGUGCGAUAUGCUAGACGCGGGUUGUGUGAACUUAUACAAGCAUCGAACGAACGUGUUAGAAGAUACCAAGUACCUAGCGGAUGCGUACAGGACCGUUUUGUUUUACGCGCAAGGCGUUCUGUGUUCGGGUACUACAAUGUUCAACGGUGAAGCCGUAUCCCUAGCCAGCGGAGCUUCAGUACUACCGCCUUCAGUUCUGCCCCCCUCCCCGACAGUAUCGGCGACUGCCUCGUCCACAUCGACGAACAAAGCUAAGUUUUCACGAGAGUCGUUUGAAGAAAUGCGUCAAGCUCCAGGGCUUAAGAGCGGUGAUAUGAAGGAUCCAUUAAACUUUUUGGAUCCGCUGUGGAGCUUGAAGAAAAAGUAGACGACUGAAAUCGUCAACUUUUUCUUAGAAUUUUCUUUCUUUAAUUUCCUCGCUGAAGUAAAAAUCCGGUCACACCCCACUUUGCUAGCUGGAACUUAGAAUUUUUGGUACUAAAACAGAGUGAGGAUGUAAAAUAAAAUUAUAGGAUAUUACUAUAACACUGAAAUUAGUAUACUUAAGUAUUAUUUUAUUAUUAUAAAAAUUAUGUCAUAAGUGGUUAGAAUUUUUUUUUGACUUACGUACCUUGCUCUUUUUUUUAUAAUUCUUUAAGCUGCUUUUAAAACAUAUUGAUGUAAUGUUGUAUAAAGUCACGAAUGUCUCACUUAUAUUUCAAACUUAGGAGGAUAUUUAUUUAAAAUAAAGUUGUUAUUAAAAAUUGUAUAAAACAAAAAAUUUAUAAAAAAAAAUGAUAUGCGGUCAAUGACUUUUUAACAAGGAAUUUAUAAGACUACUUAAAAUAUUAUUGAUGUAUUAAAAAAUAUCCAAGUAAAGUUAUAAAGGGAGCAGACCGACAUGGCCCUAUUUUAUAUAUAUAUAAUAUAUAUUUAGCGAAUAUGUUGAUAUUUUUGUCAAAUGAAAUCUUGUAUCUACAAAUUAUUAUUAUUAAAACAUAACUUAAGUAACAAAAUUGUGGAUGUUUUUCGUUUCGUUUCGACUCAAAACCGAUUCCAAAUUAAAACAUAUUCGUAGAAAUGAAUGCGGAAGGUUGCAACCAGAAAUCGUCAUUUCUUUCUUUAUCGUCAUAAAGACUCACUAACCAGUAAUGUGGAUGUUGCUUAAACCUAAUUGUAAUAAUAAUAAUUUGUCACGUAGGUUUUCAUAAAUUGUAUUCAGAACAUUCCUUAUUUAAAAUUAGAAUCUUUUCUUUUUUUAAUAACCAAUCAUUGAAAAUAUAUUAAAUAAUGUGACGCAGAUUGUGACUCUCGGGUGUUUAUGGUAAUUCGCCAAUAAAAACCCGUAUGUGUAUCUUUCAUUCAUUCUCAAUCGAUUCUUAGUUAGAAAAAAAAAACAUUUAUUAUUAUAACGAAUCAAUAUUUUUUUUAUUGUACUGUCAUAAAUUAUAAUGUAUAAUUCAAAUUAAAUAUACAUACGAUCGAUUUUUAAUCUAUAUUAAUGUAUUCGGCUGAAUGUAAGAUAACAAUUUAAGAUUUCUCUAGAGACUGGUAUGUUAUUAUGUACUUUAAAUAAAUAUUGGAAACCAAA